CCUAAAGAUCUUCUCCUCAUUUCUCUCUCUCUCUGCCAAACUACAGCCUCUUAAAAAUAUUCUGAGAAGCCAAAAAAAUAGAAAAAAAAAAAUCUGAUUCUGGAGUCUCAGUUCUUUUUCUUUCUUGGUGGGUUUUUUUUCUUUGCUACUUCUUAAACUCAGCGUAAAGAAUCAGAGGCAUUUUCAGGAAAUCUGCUUCUUUUUGAGAGCCAGUAUCUCGAAAUUUUGGAGCUGUUCAGAGGCAAAAGGCUUGGAAGCUCAGCCUAGGACAGAGUUAAAGAAAUUGUAAAUAUUCUCUUCUGGGGAACCAACUAUUUCAAUCCUGUUGUUGUGUGGGAGAUUUGGUGCACUGCUUUUGUUUUGGAAUGUUGAAUUACGAAAUUUUAAUUCUUGAUUGGUAAGGGGUUGAAGUGGGAAAAGCUUGUGGAUUUUUUUUUAUUGUGUUUGCAAUACUGGAGCUAAGUUGGGAGGGUGUAUCUAUCUGAAGGCUAAAGCUGGAUUGAAAGGUGCAUCUAGAAGAUAAAAUUUCUAUGGCUGGUUCAUGUGAGAGGUGGAUUGAUGGACUUCAAUUCUCCUCACUGUUCUGGCCUCCUCCACAAGACGUGCAACAAAGAAAGGCUCAAGUUACUGCUUAUGUGGAUUACUUUGGUCAGUUCACAUCAGAACAAUUUCCUGAUGAUAUCGCUGAGCUGAUCCGUAAUCGUUAUCCAUCAAAGGAAAUGCGCCUUUUUGAUGAUGUUUUAGCUAUGUUUGUCCUUCAUCAUCCGGAGCAUGGGCAUGCAGUUGUUCUUCCAAUUAUUUCGUGCAUCAUUGAUGGCACAUUGGUGUAUGAUAAGACAACUCCACCAUUUGCAUCUUUCAUAUCUCUAGUCUGCCCUAGCAGUGAGAAUGAGUAUUCUGAGCAGUGGGCUCUGGCAUGUGGGGAGAUUUUGAGAAUUUUAACUCAUUAUAAUCGCCCAAUAUAUAAGGUGGAACAGCACAGUAGUGAAAUAGAAAGAAGCAGUAGUGGCAGCCAAGCUACAACUAGUAGAAGCAGUAGUGGCAGCCAAGCUACAACUAGUAAAUCUAUUGAUGAUGGACCCUCCAACAUUCCUCCAGUACAACAAGAGAGAAAACCUAUAAGGCCCUUGUCUCCCUGGAUUACUGAUAUAUUACUUGCUGCACCUCUGGGUAUAAGAAGUGACUAUUUCCGUUGGUGUAGUGGUGUAAUGGGUAAAUAUGCUGCUGGAGAGCUCAAGCCACCUACAACCGCUUCUCGUGGAUCUGGAAAGCAUCCCCAGCUCAUGCCAUCAACACCAAGGUGGGCUGUUGCAAAUGGUGCUGGUGUUAUAUUAAGUGUGUGUGAUGAGGAAGUUGCUCGCUAUGAGACUGCUACUUUGACAGCGGUUGCUGUCCCUGCAUUGCUACUUCCUCCGCCAACAACAGCCCUUGAUGAGCACCUUGUUGCUGGGCUACCAGCCCUUGAGCCAUAUGCACGCUUAUUUCAUAGAUACUAUGCCAUUGCUACUCCAAGUGCCACACAGAGACUUCUUCUUGGACUUCUUGAAGCACCACCAUCAUGGGCUCCAGAUGCACUUGAUGCUGCUGUACAGCUCGUGGAACUUCUUCGGGCUGCUGAAGAUUAUGCAUCUGGAAUCAGGCUUCCUAGGAACUGGUUGCAUUUGCAUUUCUUGCGUGCAAUUGGGACUGCAAUGUCCAUGAGAGCAGGUAUAGCAGCUGAUGCAGCAGCAGCCUUACUUUUUCGCAUAUUAUCACAGCCUGCAUUGCUUUUUCCUCCACUGAGGCAAGUUGAGGGGAUUGAAGUUCAACAUGAACCUUCGGGUGGAUAUAUUUCUUCCUACAGGAAGCAGAUAGAAGUACCUGCAGCUGAAGCAACUAUUGAAGCUACAGCCCAAGGGAUUGCAUCGAUGCUUUGUGCCCAUGGUCCUGAUGUUGAAUGGAGAAUUUGUACAAUCUGGGAAGCUGCUUAUGGAUUAAUUCCUUUGAGUUCCUCUGCGGUUGAUCUUCCUGAAAUCAUUGUUGCCACUCCAUUGCAGCCUCCAAUUUUGUCCUGGAAUUUAUACAUACCUCUCCUUAAGGUUUUGGAAUAUCUUCCUCGGGGAAGUCCAUCAGAAGCAUGUCUUAUGAAGAUAUUUGUUGCUACAGUGGAAGCUAUUCUUCAGAGGACUUUUCCAUCGGAGUCUCCAAGAGAACAAAAUAGAAAAACUAGGUACCUUUCCAGCAUAGGGUCUGCCUCCAAGAAUCUUGCUGUCGCAGAGCUUCGAACAAUGGUUCAUUCACUAUUCUUAGAAUCAUGUGCCUCGGUAGAGCUUGCUUCACGUCUACUAUUUGUUGUGUUGACUGUAUGUGUUAGUCAUGAAGCUCAGUCCAACAGAAGCAAGAAACCCAGAGUUGAAGAAAGUUUCCUACCUGAUGAAAUCAUCGAGGACUUGCAAGACUUGUCUGAUAAGCAGAGGGAGAUCAAAAGUAGAAGGAUGAAGAAACAGGGGCCUGUUGCAGCAUUUGAUUCUUAUGUUUUGGCUGCUGUUUGUGCUCUUGCCUGCGAGCUUCAGUUGUUUCCCUUUAUUUCUAAAGGAAGUAAUCAUUCACAUUUUAAGAAUGUAAAGAAUGUGUCCAGGCCUGUCAAAAUAAAUGGAUCUAGCAAUGAAGUGCGGAGUAGUAUUGAUUCAGCAACUUCUCACACUUGCAGGAUCCUAGCAAUUUUAGAGGCACUUUUUUCACUGAAGCCAUCUUCUGUCGGAACCUCAUGGACUUACAGUUCAAAUGAGAUAGUUGCUGCAGCUAUGGUUGCUGCUCAUGUUUCUGAAUUAUUUAGACGGUCGAAGGCUUGCAUGCAUGCUCUCUCUGUCUUGAUGCGAUGCAAAUGGGAUAAUGAAAUACACACUAGGGCAUCAUCAUUAUACAACCUCAUUGAUAUUCACAGCAAAGCUGUCGCAUCCAUUGUCAACAAGGCCGAGCCAUUAGAAGCACACUUUAUGCAUACACCAGUUUGGAAGGAUUCUCUUGUGUUUUUUGAUGGCAGAAAACAAAAUCAAUUGGAAAAUGGUAGAUGCUUGAAUUCUGGGCAGCCAUCUGCCCCUCAAGUUAAGGAUUCUACCCUUUCAGAAUCGAAACUUAUAUCUGCGAGUACAUCACAUUCAAAUGAAGGCUCAGGAAAUGCCCUGGGUAAAGGUAUUGCAAGCUUCCCAAUGGAUGCUUCAGAUUUAGCCAACUUCCUUACUAUGGACAGGCAAAUGGGAUUUAAUUUCAAUGCACAAAUUCUCCUGGGGUCUGUGCUAGCUGAGAAACAAGAGUUAUGUUUCUCUGUUGUUUCGUUGCUUUGGCAUAAGUUAAUUGCAGCUCCUGAAACCCAACCUACUGCAGAAAGCACUUCUGCUCAACAAGGAUGGAGGCAGGUGGUUGAUGCAUUAUGCAAUGUUGUCUCAGCAUCGCCAAAAAGGGCAGCCACUGCAGUUGUUCUUCAGGCGGAAAGGGAAUUGCAUCCUUGGAUUGCCAAAGAUGAUGAUCAAGGUCAGAAGAUGUGGAGAGUCAACCAGCGGAUUGUAAAACUGAUUGUGGAACUGAUGAGAAAUCAUGACAGCCCUGAAUCGUUGGUAAUUUUGGCAAGUGCAUCAGAUCUACUUCUACGUGCCACAGAUGGGAUGCUUGUAGAUGGAGAAGCUCUUACGUUACCACAAUUGGAGCUAUUGGAAGCAACCGCUAGAGCUGUUCAGCCUAUUUGCGAGUGGGGAGAAUCUGGGGUGGCAGUUGCAGAUGGCCUCUCAAAUCUGUUGAAGUGUCGGCUGCCAGCUACCAUCCGAUGCCUUUCUCAUCCAAGUGCCCAUGUCCGUGCUCUGAGCACAUCGGUUCUUCGAGAUAUUCUGCAUUCAAGUCCGACUAAAACCAACUCAAAACCGCUGGAAAUAAAUGGUACCAAUGGCCCUUUUUAUCAGUAUUUUAAUCUAGAAGUCAUCGACUGGCAGGUUGAUAUUGAGAAGUGUUUGACAUGGGAAGCUCAUAGUAGACUUGCUACCGGAAUGUCUAUUCAAUUUCUUGAUACUGCUGCCAAGGAAUUAGGCUGUUCUAUUUCUAUAUGACAUAGCUUUUGGCAACUUGUUUAGGUGUAUAACUUUCCAAAAUGAGACUUGCACACAGAUAAGUUAUAUUUUUGAAGUCUUUGAAAGAUAGAUAUUUGCAGGCUAAGUAAAUAUUCAAAUUCUGUUUUUCCACAA